CGCGAAAUGGCACCCCUAGGCUUCUCGGUGAAUUACCCUCCUGGUUGCAAGGAACUGUCAGUCUCUUUGAAACUUGAUGAGCUUAGGAAAAGGUUAAAUGACUUGAGCAACGGUUUCGACAAGUUGGCUGACUUGGACACCUUUUCUGAGGAUACUCCCCAUGAUACCGAAGGCGCAGUUAACUCCCCACCUCAUGAAUCAUUCAGAGGGCUUGCUUUGCUGCUGAUAUCACCUGAGUAUGCGCACCAUGCCGAUACGGACAUACAGCUGCGGGUUGGCGUUUGCUUAUGCAAGUUGCUGAAAUUAUUUUGCCCCCGCAGUCCCUUCGAGGAGAUGCUUGAGGAAAAAGAGCUUACAAAGAAAACCCUUAUAUUCCUUUUGAAUUGCAUCCAACGACUUUCUUCGCUAAAAUCCAAAGGGGAUGUUGCCUACCCCAAACUUCACGCCAUACUUUACUUAUGCUGUCAGAUGGAUCUGUUCUUGUGGUGUUCGUUAACGGAUGAUGAGGAAAUUCUUUUUAAAUGCAUCCAGACAACUUUCUCCAUAAUCAAGAAUUUACCAGCUUGGGCAUGGACAGAGCCUUCUUUCGUCAGACAGAUGCUGCUUGAUAUGGUUGUCAACGUCAUAGUCCAUUCCGAGAACCUGUUAUCUCGUGAUAUCGUUACCUAUCUCUUGGAGUUUUUGAUUGAACCCGCUAAGAGUGCACAACCAGAACAGCAUGCUUUCGCACGGGAUAUUAUUUUGCGGUCAUCUAGGCAUUUGGAAUACUUAAUUCAAAUGUUGCUUCAAAGUUCUUUGAUUUCUGGAUCGGAACAGCCACGCGACCCAUCGGCUGAGCUUUGUCAUACCGACUCUCCCUGUGACGCUCUCACUAAUCCUGCUACUUCUAAUGACACUCCAGAGGAUCCCUCCUCUCAUGGUUUCGGGGAACACGCGUUUCUUAUUAUUUACGCACUACACAAGAUUCAGCAUAGUUUAAUCGCCCCUGUACUGCCGACUGUGGAGUUAAGGCUAAAGUCCCCAUCUGCUCGUGAUCGAAAGCGAGCUUUUAGACUGCUUGCACGUUUAUUCUCUGAGCAGAGAAUCUUACUACACGAACAAAAUCCAAGUCUCUGGAAUGCUCUACUCGGUCGUUUUAACGAUAUUGACAAAGAAGUUCGGAAAUUAUGUAUUCUCAUGGUACCCCAAAUGAUUAAACAAAAUCCGGACUUACCCCGACAUGAUCUAAUACAAUGCGUUCGACAGCGUGCUUACGAUUUGGAACAAG